GCGCAGAGCGCUGGGACUGCGCGGCCGCUCCAGCUCCGUGUACUCCGCGGGGCUCGGCGCGCGAAUUCCGACCACCAUGGCGGUGGAGGAAGAGGGGCUCCGGGUCUUCCAAAGCGUGAAGAUCAAGAUCGGUGAAGCUAAAAAUCUUCCCACUUACCCAGGGCCAAAUAAGAUGCGAGAUUGCUAUUGCACCGUGAACCUGGACCAAGAGGAGGUUUUCAGGACCAAAAUCGUGGAGAAAUCACUCUGCCCCUUCUACGGAGAAGACUUCUACUGUGAAAUUCCUCGGAGCUUUCGUCACCUGUCGUUUUACAUUUUCGAUAGAGACGUCUUCCGGAGGGAUUCAAUCAUAGGGAAGGUGGCCAUUCAGAAGGAAGACUUGCAGAAGUACCAUAACAGGGACACCUGGUUCCAGCUGCAGCAUGUCGACGCUGACUCAGAAGUUCAGGGCAAGGUCCACCUGGAGCUGAGGCUGAGCGAGGUCAUCACCGACACGGGUGUCGUCUGCCACAAGCUGGCCACACGCAUCCUCGAGUGCCAAGGCCUCCCCAUCGUGAAUGGGCAGUGCGACCCUUACGCCACUGUGACACUAGCAGGACCAUACAGAUCGGAAGCGAAGAAGACGAAAGUGAAAAAGAAGACCAACAACCCUCAGUUUGACGAAGUGUUUUAUUUUGAGGUGACCAGACCCUGCAGCUACAGCCGCAAGUCCCACUUCGACUUUGAGGAGGAGGACGUGGACAAACUUGAAAUCCGAGUUGACCUCUGGAACGCCAGUAACUUGAAAUUUGGAGAUGAGUUUCUGGGAGAACUAAGGAUUCCGCUGAAAGUGCUUCGGCAGUCGAGCUCCUACGAGGCGUGGUACUUCCUGCAGCCCCGAGACAACGGCAGUAAGGUUCUGAAGCCAGGGGACCUGGGGUCCCUGCGGCUGAAUGUGGUUUACACGGAAGACCACGUCUUCUCCUCCGACUACUACAGCCCGCUCCGGGAACUUCUGCUAAAGUCUGCGGAUGUGGAGCCUGUCUCGGCGUCCACGGCGCACAUCCUGGGCGAGGUUUGCAGAGAGAAGCAGGAGGCGGCCAUCCCGCUGGUGCGGCUCUUCCUGCACUGUGGCCGGGUGGUGCCCUUCAUCAGCGCCAUCGCCAACGCCGAGGUCCGGAGGACUCAGGACCCCAACACCAUUUUCCGGGGAAACUCGUUGACGUCCAAGUGCAUCGACGAGACGAUGAAGCUGGCCGGGAUGCACUACCUGCACGUCACCCUGAAGCCCACCAUAGAGGAGAUCUGCCAGAGCCACAAAUCCUGCGAGAUUGACCCGGUGAAGCUGAAAGAUGGUGAGAACCUUGAAAACAACAUGGAGAACCUGCGGCAGUACGUGGACCGCAUCUUCAACGUCAUCACCAAGUCGGGGGUGAGCUGCCCGACAGUCAUGUGUGACAUUUUCUUUUCUCUGCGAGAGGCGGCUGCCAAGCGCUUCCAGGACGACCUGGACGUGAGGUACACGGCGGUGAGCAGCUUCAUUUUCCUGAGGUUCUUCGCUCCUGCCAUCCUGUCCCCCAACCUCUUCCAGCUCACACCUCACCACACAGACCCCCAGACGUCGAGGACGCUGACGCUUAUCUCAAAGACCAUUCAAACUCUCGGCAGCCUAUCCAAGUCAAAGUCUGCCAGCUUUAAGGAGUCCUACAUGGCUGCGUUUUACGAGUUCUUCAACGAGCAGAAGUACGCUGACGCAGUGAAAAAUUUCCUAGACUUGAUCUCGUCCUCUGGGAGAAGAGACCCCAAGAGUGUGGAGCACCCCAUCCUGCUUAAGGAAGGGUUCAUGAUUAAGAGGGCGCAAGGACGGAAACGAUUUGGGAUGAAGAAUUUUAAGAAAAGGUGGUUCCGCCUUACAAAUCAUGAAUUUACCUACCAGAAAAACAAAGGAGACCAGCCCCUCUACAGCAUUCCCAUCGAGAACAUUCUGGCAGUGGAGAAGCUGGAGGAGGAGUCCUUCAAGAUGAAGAAUAUGUUCCAGGUCAUCCAGCCAGAGCGAGCACUGUACAUCCAGGCCAACAACUGCGUGGAGGCCAAGGCCUGGAUUGACAUCCUCACCAAAGUGAGCCAGUGCAACCAGAAGCGCCUGGCCGUCUACCACCCCUCCGCCUACCUCAACGGCCACUGGCUGUGCUGCAGGGCCUCCUCCGACACCGCCCCCGGCUGCUCCCCCUGCACUGGUGGCCUCCCUGCGAACAUCCAGCUGGACAUCGACGGGGACCGAGAGACGGAGCGCAUCUAUUCCCUGUUCAGCCUGUACAUGAGCAAACUGGAGAAGAUGCAAGAGGCCUGUGGGAGCAGGUCUGUGUACGACGGCCCAGAGCAGGAGGAGUACUCCACCUUCAUCAUCGACGACCCCCAGGAGACCUACAAGACCCUGAAGCAGGUCAUCGCCAGGGUCGGGGCCUUGGAGCAGGAGCACGCCCAGUACAAAAGGGACAAGUUUAAGAAGACCAAGUACGGGAGCCAGGAGCACCCCAUCGGAGAUAAGAGUUUUCAGAGCUACAUCAGGCAGCAGUCAGAGGUCUCCACUCACUCCAUUUAAAGCCUGGAGGGCGUCCUGUUCCCAGAUGGCGCUGUGAGCUGCUGCAACGGGAAAGCCACAGUCUUUGCGAAGGAGGGAGACAGACAAGGCAGAGCGAGGAAGCAAAGGAUCCACACUUCCUCCACUCGCAUAGAUGACAAGCGUCAAGCUCAUGGGACUUCUGAGACUCUCCAGAGCUGUUUCCGUGGUUGCCAUGCACUUUAUUCACGCUGGUGGGCAGGUGCCCUGAGCUGGUCCGGCCAGGUGCCAGCGCAGCCUCACCUUCUGCAGAGGGGGUGCUCCUGUCUCGUGUGCACUACUGCCUCUGCUGGUGCCUGUGGCGCCCCACCGGGAGCUCUGCUUCUGCAGAGCCGGGACUUCAGAGCAUUAUUCUUUCUCCGGGAGCCUGCUGUCCCGGCGCCCACGGCGGGUGGCCUCCUGGUUUCAGCUUUUGGUGUUGGUAUUAUUCCUGGCUGGAGGGUCGGUUUUGUCAGGGUGUGCAGAACUGCACAGAGAUCCCAACUUGAGGAUGCUCUUGAUAUUUUGGGGGUACAGGGUUCUUCUGCAGAGAGUUCCUGGGGAAGGGGGAGUUUCAGACGUCUCUCCUGGAGGUCAGACCCCCCCUGCUGUCUCCUGAGAUGCCCACAGCCCGCAGAAGCCCUCGAGCUGGGUGUCGCCCAGGCUCCGCUUCGAGCAGAAGUGUUGUGCUGUCAGUGAGGCUUCAGCGUAGAAUCCACAUUUUCUCCCCCUUGUGGGAGUUUGGGGAAGAUUUUAAAAAUAGAAAUGUGCAUUAUUUUCAAGCUGUUUUUCUUAACGUUUUUAAUUAGCUCUUUGAUAUGAAGUAACUUGGAACAUCCAAACCUGGACUCGUGAAAGGGGAGGGUGCCACAGCGGGGCAAAAAGGGAAUGGGUCGCACCUCGUUGGUUACUGGUCCUCCAAGGAAAACCAAGCCAGGGAGGAAACCCUGGGCUUCAGGUGGGAGCGCGCACCUGUGCAGACGCCCCCUGGGCCCCAGGAGUGGUAUUGCGCUGUGUUUCUGUGAGGCCCUCAGAAGCAGCCGUGGGGGCUGCUCCUACUGGGGUUGGGGUUUCCUAACGCGAGGGACCUGCUUGCUGACUUCUCCCAGACAAUCCUCCGAGCUGCAGGCACUGGCUUUGGGAAGUACUGUUGAAACACGCAGCACCCUGUGCCCCUGUGCCCACCUCUGCUCUUGUGUGCAAGUACUGCCCUUCAGACUCCGUCUAGAUGGCAGAUAGUAACGUAACUCGUCACAGAAAUGGUGGAGAAAAAUGUCGCAAAAAAUUAACUUUGGGACACACAGCUAUAGGCUGCACCAAACUGCAAUUUUUAACAUGGAUUUGUAACUUAAUGUUUCUGUUUAUAAGAUACUAAUGAUUUGUGAUGUAUUUUACUGGCCAAUUAAAACAGACGUUUUAUUCUU